CGAGAGGCAGGUGCGGAUGAAAGAAUGCGCCAUCACGACGAGGAGGAGCAGGACGAAGCGUUGCUGGAGAACCUAAUGGGAGGAGGAGCAGCAGGAUCGGCAGCCAGGCCUCUGUGGCUUUAUGCUUCAAAUGCCCAUGUGUGGCACAAGGUCGCCGGUCUCUCAGGAGCGUAUGCUUGCUCUAGCUGCUGGGACUUACGGCCAGCACAUUUUCAAGCCCCAGAACAUGGUGUAUAAAGAUAUCUGGGUGACAGCUAAUACUUAUCAUCUCGCGCAUACGGCGGCAAUGCUUGCUGCCCCUUUAACUAAGCGACCACAUAUUUUCGGAGGUCUUCUAACGUUUGGCCUCGUUGCCUUUUCUGGGUCGUGCUACACAACAGCUUUGAUGGAAGAUAGAGCUUACUCUUUGCCAGCUCCGUUCGGCGGUUUCGCUUGGGUUGCAGCGUGGGCCUCUCUACUCUUUUGAAAUUGCUUCUCACAGAAAGCCCAAAUACACGCCGAUGGAGCUCCGAUUGAGACUUCACGUGCUGGAACUCUGCAGAAAAGGCGAUCCAUGAGAUCACUUCAUGGAUCGCAGCUCUUAACCUCUCCUAUUUCAAGAGAGCUGUCUAUCGCUUGUCCGUCCCAAACAUUUCUUCGCUUCAUUGUAUCUCAGAGAUCUAUCGUCGACAAGUCACUGUCAGUUCUUUGCACGAAUGUCAAAUAGACACCUCUUAACUUGUACAAAUUACGUAAUGGGUACGGUGAGCCACGUGGUGUACAGGGCAAUGAGAAUUGCAAAUUGAAUCCUGUUGAUUAUCAUAACUGAAUGUUGAUCAGACAGUGAGCCAUAUAUGGCCUAGUGUUCGCAAGGAUAGGGAAAUGAAAAGCCUAUUCUGAAGCAACGAUCCGUACUACAAUUCUUUGUCGCUGUCAUGACAUUUUAUGGUUUAUGCUAAUUCGGCAAACUUAAAAGUGAUCAAGGGCAGACCUUGCUGAUUGUCCUUCACUACUCAAAACAAAGUGUGUACUUAGGAGACGAUCAACUGGGAUAAAACCGUUUCGCCAAUUCAC